AUGGAUCUUCACAAUAGAGAGGGAGGGGCUCCUCCCCCCCUCACUCACUCCUCUCUCCCCUGUACCGUUUCUGAUAUAACCGAUAUGGAAUCUUUGAUUAACGCUAUUAAGAAGCUCUCCACGUGCAUUACGGAUGCAGUGUAUGACAGCAAAAGCGUUACCGCGGCCAACAAGAGGCUGAUCGCCGCCACCGCCGACGAGAUAAAAAGGGUUGCAGAAAUAGUCCCUAGAGUUAUCAAUGCCGAGCACAGACCCGAACCGACACCUCAACCAGCGGACGACCUGAAGAGUGAGAUAAUCAGUGCAGUCAGGCAGGAACUGGCUGAUUUCAAGAGGCAAACUAUCGUCGCCACCACCACCAACCAGCAGCGACAGGGGCCAGCUUCCGUCUUAUGCACAAGCUGCGAGCACGGUCUCCAAAAAGCCACGACCAUCACCACAGACAACGCCACCGGUCACCAGGCCGGCGCUCAUCAUCAUCUGAAAAAAAGGAGGGCUUCUCAUCGGCGGACACGCUAUCCUCUUGGAGGGCAUCUGUGUCCUUCAAGGACACCAAUUUUACCCCGGCCGGAGUACAUUUUGUCUCUAAUAAUAAACUCCGGGUCGAAUUCGACAGUGAGACACAGCUACAAGCCACUC